GGUCGGAGGAGAGCAAAGAAUAGAUGGGCAUGGUGCUUUGGUUCUAUGGCAAAGAGCUGGGUGUUCGCUAGGAGUAUAAGGAUGAGAAUGGCGUCGCAGACAUGUCGUUCAGAUUGGUGCGAGACGGUGUCGAUAGACAGAGUCAGAGACUUUUAUCUGCUGCACCUAUUGGUUCCCAUGAAGACCAGCGGGCGCAAGGGCAGUUGCACUGCUUUUACCAACGACAUGGACGCACUCGACAUUCAUGCAUUCAACACGAUAACAAUACUUUAG